CAUCAUGUUUCCAAAAUGCAUUUGCCUUUUUACACUUGCAACUGAAAUUCACUUGGCAGGAAGUCAGCUGCAAUAAAUGGAAAGUUAUGAAUUAUUUUUACACAGCUCUGAAUCCCUUUGCUUACCACUUCCUGCACCCUCGCCCAAUUUCUGGCGCAUAUAUGUGGGUUUCUUUUUUUUUUUUUUUUUUUCCUGCAGGUGCAUGCAUCACCAUAUCACAAGAGCACAAUAUUCUUAAAUGCAUGUUUGAAAGCGAGAAGAAGACAAACCAGGAACAACUAUGAUGCUCUUAGUCCACUUGACUUUACUCUAUUUGGGGGUAACACAAGAUUUUGGGAGCUGUGUUAACAUGAAGAAAGCAAUUGAUUACUUGACCGUAGAGUUGGGCGACACACUUACGUUAAACUGCACCUACAAUUGCUCCAGUGGAUUUGUCCGUGGCUGUUGGAGUGAAGCAUCAGACAACUCCGGCUGUCACGGCGUGCUGAGCAAGAGCGACUUUUGCACAGUGUCAUUAUUUCUGACAAAUCUGUGCGCUGAAGAUCUGAAAAAGAACUACACUUGCUACACAGAACAUACAGAUGACCCGAAACUUCCACAAAAAACAGAGCGAAUCGUUUUGCUUCAGCUCCCAGCUCCAAGUCAUGUCCCAAAGUGGACAGUUACCCCAAAAACAGAAAGUAAAAAUGCAUCUCUUCCUGCUAAGCCGAAAGAUUCAGGCGGAGGAGAGUUUACUGGUAUUCAGGUACUGGCAACAGUUACUGUCGUCGUGGCCAUCAUCCUUGCAGCACUAGCUGUUUAUCUGUGUUUGAACCGGAACAAACACGGCUGGAAUGAUAAAGGGGAGCCUGUUGUGUCCAGGUCAGGGUCACCACAACCACCACUGCCUGCCUUCCUACCACUAAAGGGGACACUGUCGACACCAAAUGAAAGAGUGACUCUGAGGCUUCCUCCAUCAGAUAAUGAAAGUGACACCGAAGUCCCAUAUGCUGACAUAAUGAUCACCGUCCGUGGUGUCAGUACACCAGAGCUCACUCAGGUCAGCUACUUGAUUGCUGGAGAACAAAAAGAGUGGUGGGGAGAUGAAUCAAGGCCCCACCUGCAUGCCUCACGUUCAGCUGACAGACUCCAUGUACCCCAGCCCAGAGAGGUCAGCCGAAAAAUGAGCACCAACUCUGAGUAUGCAGUCAUCACUUACGCCUGACUGAGGCUGCUCUUGCUGGAAAAGGAGGAGAGAGAAGAAAAACAUGUAUAUUUUAAAAACCAUAUACAGUUUAACAGUUUGUUUGAUAGCGUGAUUUUGUUUAACAUGUACUUAUUAUACAGGUUUUCUUGCGUGUGCUAUGUAAAUUUUGAACGUUUGCGUUAAAUAAAGACAAUAUUGC